UCUGAUGGGGAAGCCGGGCCAGCCUCAUUUGGACAGAUGGACAGAUGUGGCGUGUCCGUGAUGGAGAAGGAGACUUCAGAGAUUGCCCUGAAGCAGCAGCAUCAUCAAAUGAGGGCGUCUACUUGCCCCGGAUGCGACUUCUACGAAGAAGAAAGAACGGGUGCAUUGGCUCCGGCGGAUUCUGCGCUUUAUAUGCAGAUAUCUCCAUUCGCCGGUUUGAAGCCCCAAUCCCCCUUCCUAUGA